AUGGAAGUGUCCCACGUAUUUGCUGACUAUCUUGGCGACUAUGAUGCUGCUCUGCGAAUUCUCGGACUGGAACGCCGCGAUUUUCAUUCGGCUCAGCUGCUCUGCCAGCAGGAAGCCUAUCGCCUACUUACUACCAGUAGGAGGCCUACCGUAGACUGCUUCCAGCAAGCACCCGCAGAUGAGCUUGCAGACAAUCUGAUCGGGCCUGGUUUUUCAAAAACUGCUGAAGCAUUCAGUGUUGUAAAGGAAAUUGCAAAGGAGUCACUGGUGGAGGAAGAGAAAGUUGCCAGCCUAUACACAAAACUGCUGAAUCUCUAUCUGGAACAGUAG